AUGGUCGUUGUUUCCUUCCCCAUAACGAUUCCGAAGGACAGUCCCUUCGGGUUGUAUAACAUUCCUUUUGGGAUUUUCAGUACCUCGCCAGAUGUUGGUCUCGGAUCGAAACCUCGAGCCGGGGCCGCUAUCGGCGAGUUCGUCCUCGAGCUUGCUGAAUUAGCAAAGCAUGGCAUAUUUGCUGCUGAGUCUGAGACUUUGAUGCCAUGGGAAGAUAUUUUUCUUGAGCCGGUUCUCAAUUCGUUCGCGGCCCUGCCGGCCGAGGAAAGGAGAUGGAUCCGAUCUACCAUUAUCCAGAACCUGUUCAACUCGAAGUCCUUGCUUUUCACGGACUCGGAUCUGAAUGAGAAGGCUUUUGUCCCGAUGGACCACGUCCAGAUGCAUCUGCCUAUGAUAAUCACGGACUACACGGAUUCCUUCUCAUCUCUCAUUCAUGCUCAGAACCUACCUUCGGCAUUCACUGAAUAUCCUAUGGGAUAUAAUGGUCGGAUUUCAUCCAUCAUGGUGUCAAGAACCGGCGUUCGCCGACCCUGUGGAUUUUACCUGAGCCCGGGGGAUAGCAGGCCCACCUUUCAGCCAUCCAAACAGCUAGAUUUCGAAAUAGAGCUUGGAGCUUUCAUUUCAAAACCCAUUGAUUUCGGCGGGACGGUAGACGCGAAGACAGCCGCGGAUCAUAUAUUUGGGUACGUCCUGCACAACGACUGGUCAGCUCGCGAUAUUCAAAAGUAUGAGAUGCCACCUCUCGGACCAUUGCACUCCAAAGGGUUCAUCACGACAAUCUCUCCGUGGGUGGUAACGGUGGAUGCGCUGAAAAGUAGCACAGCUGGGCCGCCGACAUCGAAUUCAACCAAAAUUCAUCCUGCGCUUGUUGCUGACGAGAAAGACCACGGCGUAUAUGAUAUUGAAUUUAAUGCCACCGUCAUCCGCGGUGGCGGCGACCCCGUGGAGAUAGUACGCUCGAAUUUUACCCAUUCUUACUGGAGCAUUCCACAAAUGAUAGCAUAUCAAUCAUCGGCCGGUCACGGCAUCCAUACCGGCGAUCUGGUGGCCAGUGGGACCAUUUCGUCACCUGCACCGGAGCUGAAAAAGGGCCUAGGCACAUACGGUUGUUUGUUGGAAGUUUUCGCCCAAAACCAUGUGCUCCCGGAGGUAGGUGGAAAACCGAUGUCCUGGCUCGAGGAUGGGGAUACUUUCACAAUUGAAGGCUGGUUCAGGACAGAAGAUGGCAGUAAAGGUGGUUUCGGCGGUGUGACGAAUCUCGUCCUAUCUGCCAAAUCUUCUUGGACAUAG